AUGAAGAGGUUUUGGACCUCUUGCAAAAUAGAUAUGCUCUUUAAUAUUGAGGUGCUACACGACGAAGGUGAGGAUUUGAUCGUUUCCUUUUUCAAAAAUUUAGUGAUAAAUAUCAUCCAGAAGGUUCCUCCAGCACAUUGGGAACUGUCUUCUGAUGAGGCUUUUCCUCAAGAAAUCUACAUUCCAAAUGCCAUAAAUCCAAUCAAAAUGGGGACAAGCUUCAGCAGCGCCAACAGUCGAAAAUGGUCAAAGAAAGAAGCUCCAAACCCUGAAUCAUCAAGAAUUCUGUUCCUUCUAUACCUCAUACACAGGACCUGGAAUGUUGUGGUGGAACACAUGGAUAACAAAAGCACCAGAUGGCGCGAAUCACAUCCAUCGAGCUCUGGAGACGUGCGGCACUUCGACUCAGUCAGCCUCGACACUGGUUCUUGCUACUCAGCGUGCAGCUGCAGCUACUGCAGGCUGAGAGACUGCGCCCACGACUGUGUCAGG